CGCCUGUUGACGUCAUAUCCAAGAGUCGUAUCGUAGUUAGAAGCCUUUGGUUCUGAGGCCUGUUUAUUUUACUCAGCAGGUGAACGCGAAUUAUGUCAAGUUAAAACACAUAACUUGGGCCAAACCCUAUCUGAACUAGUCCAUGACUUUUUGGGGUAUGAUCUGAACCGGACCGAAAACCGGAGACAACACACCAACUACGAGGAAACAGAAUUGAGGAACCAACUAUCGGGGCUCGCAGCAGACUGUGACAAGAUGACAUCAAGGAGGUGGUUUCAUCCAAACAUCACGGGAGUGGAGGCUGAGAACCUGCUUCUCACUAGAGGGGUGGACGGGAGCUUCCUGGCCCGGCCCAGCAAGAGUAACCCCGGGGACUUCACCCUGUCUGUCAGGCGAAAUGGAGCCGUGACACACAUCAAGAUUCAGAACACAGGAGACUACUAUGACCUGUAUGGAGGAGAGAAGUUUGCCACGCUGGCUGAGCUUGUGCAGUAUUACAUGGAGCACCACGGGCAGCUGAAAGAGAAGAAUGGUGAUGUCAUUGAGCUGAAAUACCCGCUGAACUGCGCUGACCCAACAUCGGAGAGGUGGUUCCAUGGACACUUGUCAGGACGGGAAGCAGAGAAGCUACUGACAGAGAAGGGGAAGAACGGCAGUUUCCUGGUGCGCGAGAGUCAGAGCCACCCUGGAGACUUUGUGCUGUCGGUGCGGACUGGAGACGACAAAGGGGAGAGCAGCGACGGCAAGCCCAGGGUCACUCACGUCAUGAUCCGCUGCCAGCCGGACCUCAAGUUCGAUGUGGGAGGUGGAGAGAAGUUUGACUCCUUGACAGACCUGGUGGAACAUUAUAAGAAGAAUCCCAUGGUGGAGACUCUGGGCACUGUAUUGCAGCUCAAACAGCCUCUGAACACGACCCGGAUUAACGCUGCUGAGAUUGAGAGCAGAGUGCGGGAACUGAGCAAGCUGGCCGAGACCACCGACAAGGUCAAGCAGGGCUUCUGGGAGGAGUUUGAGACCCUCCAGCAGCAGGAAUGCAAGCUGCUCUACAGUCGCAAAGAAGGACAGCGGCCGGAGAACAAAAACAAGAACCGUUACAAAAACAUCCUGCCAUUUGACCAUACUCGAGUGAUGCUAAACGAUAAAGAAAUCAAUGAACUGGGCUCGGACUACAUCAAUGCCAAUAUAAUAAUGCCUGAAGUUGAGGUGAAGUGCAACAACAUGAAGCCGAAGAAGAGCUACAUCGCCACGCAGGGCUGCUUGCUGAACACCAUCAGCGACUUCUGGAGGAUGGUGUUCCAGGAGAACUCCCGAGUCAUUGUCAUGACAACCAAGGAAGUGGAGCGAGGGAAGAGUAAGUGUGUGAAGUACUGGCCGGACGUGACUGUGCUAAAGGAGUACGGAGCCAUGCGCGUACGCAACGCCAGAGAAACCUCAGCACAUGACUACAUCCUGAGGGAGCUCAGAAUGUCAAAGGUUGGCCAGGGGCCCGAUGAUGAGCGGACCGUGUGGCAGUACCACUUCCGAGCCUGGCCGGAUCACGGUGUGCCUGGUGACCCUGGCGGUGUGCUGGACUUCUUAGAGGAGGUCAACAUGAAGCAGGAGAGCAUCCUGGAGGCUGGGCCCAUCGUGGUGCAUUGCAGCGCUGGUAUUGGACGAACGGGAACAUUUAUUGUGAUAGACAUGCUUAUCGACGUCAUCCGAGAAAAAGGGGUAGACUGUGACAUAGACGUGCCCAAAAGUAUCCAGAUGGUGCGAUCGCAGAGGUCAGGAAUGGUUCAGACCGAGGCUCAGUACAGGUUUAUUUACAUGGCCGUACAGCACUAUAUAGAAACACUACAGCGCAGGAUCGAAGAGGAACAGAAGAGUAAAAUAAAAGGAAGAGAAUAUACCAACAUUAAGUAUUCGUUGACUGACCUGUCGGGGGGUGACCAGAGCCCCCUGCCCCCCUGCACCCCCACCCCUGUCUAUGCGGAUGUGAGAGAUGAUAGUUCCAGAGUCUACGAGAAUGUGGGUUUGAUGCAGCAGCAAAAAAGCUUCAGAUGAGGUCAACCCAGCUUGAGUUUCAAGUUGAAUGAGAAGAUUAUUUUAGAUCGCUGUAAACCUGCUCCAGAAUGCCUGUGAACCAGUUAUUGAAAAUGAAGAGUGAAUACCGAUGGUGUAAAGCCUUUCAUUGGCCUAUCUAGUUUGUUUUUACCUUGAUGUGAAAACCACUGUGUUGUACAUGGAGCCUGGUCCUUCAAAUCCAUAGUGUCCUACAUGGAGUCUGGUCCUUCAAAUCCAUAGUGUCCUACAUGGAGUCUGGUCCUUCAAAUCCAUAGUGUCCUACAUGGAGUCUGGUCCUUCAAAUCCAUAGUGUCCUACAUGGACCAUGAGCCUUCAAAUCCAUAGUGUCCUACGUGGAGCCUGGUCCUUCAAAUCCUAGUGUCCUACAUGGAGCCUGGUCCUUCAAAUCUAUUCUGUUCUUUUUUGGGUUUUUUAAAACAUUUUUUCUGAAAUUUUUGCCAUUUGAACUUCAGCACUUGAAAGGGUUGUGACUGAAAUACUGUAUACUUAUUAAAUUUAUAGCCAUUAUAUAUAUUUGAUUUAAUAAUUGUUGACUUAAACUAGCCAACCAGCAUCGUCUCUAUAAAAGCUGUUUUUGAAAGUAUUUAACAUUUCUUGUACAAUACUGAAAAACAAGUUUACCAAUAUAGGCAAAAACAGUUGAUGGGCAGUGAAUUGUAUGCUUUUUUGUGUUUCACUUUUUCAUUUCUUUCUUUUUAAACCUUUACAAUCAUUUUUUAAAACUAGACUGGAUGCUUUGUAUAAAAAGGGAUCGAGUCAAUAUUAGACUAAAGCACCAGCAGUCUGCACGUUCAUUGCGCUAAACUCAGUGCUGGGAGAACUGUUGCUUGCAGUGUCCUGAUUGUGAGUACUUUGGGUAUCAUAUAGAAGUCAGGAUUCGGAAAGGGAAUGUUUGUGUUGAACUCAUGCAUCCGUACCUGCCAGCUUUAUUUGUUAAAUUGUCGCAGAGCAGCUAGCGGUGUAGAGACUCGACCACGUAGUCAAAAUGAAUUGCCUGGUUAUUCUCUGACAGCAUUUUUAAGCCAUCGUUUAAGUUGGGAGCAUUCUUUUGACUGAGCUUGCUUUGUAAAUUGGGAACUUGAUUUGGACAAAAUGCGUGUUUUUAAUUGGGAAAACAGUUGUCCAGCCUUGGAAGAAUGAUGUAUAUAGAAUAAUUAUUGAACAAGUUCUAAGUAAAAGGGACCUAAUAUCUCCUGUCUCUGAAUUAAAAGGCAGCGACUGAAGGAUUUGACUGUAUUUUACAUAUUGCUGUACGGUGCAGUGUUUCAAAUUCAGUCUGGUUUCAGUUCAGUCGCUCUGUGUCAUAGUUUUGUUUAAUCUUUAAAACAGCCUGCUGCUGCAAGACUUUCUUUCAAAAAUUGGGUACAGAUGUUCACCUUUACCAAGCCAGUGUUUCUACAGUACUACAGGCAUUUUUAAAAAAUAUUUGUAGUGUGAUGCUUGUUUUCAGGAAAGUGGUAGCAGUAGCUACAGCUUCUAGUUCCUCUUUUUAUCCAUAUUUAUCUGAAACUGUAAAUAGUAAAUCUAUUCUGUGAUAGAAAUACUUCUGUUAUCCUUGGGAGAUACCUGAGUGCUUCACUGUUUUUAUUUAUUUUUAUGGCUAAUGAUCACUUGAAGCACUGGUAGUGGGUUUAUUAUACAGUUGAAAUUGAUAAUGGUGUGUGGCAGAGCUGUGCAGUGUUGAAGCUUUUUAAUAUACUUAGUAGCCUGCUAGUAAAGGGGUACUGCACAGUGCUGUUUGGUUUGUUUUUAAAGGGUUUUUUGUGCGAGACCAAAAGUUUGAAAGAAAGAAUUAGAUCAUGAGACAAAUUGUACUUCAAUUAUUAAGCAGAUAAGUGGCUGUGCCAAGUGAAUUUGAGUGUGCCACACAUCGUGUAGAGCAGGGUUAAACAGUGAUGGAUAGUGCCACACAUCGUGUAGAGCAGGGUUAAGCAGUGAUGGACAGUGAUGGAUAGUGCCACACCAUGUGGAGCAGGGUUAAACAGUGAUGGAUAGUGCCAUUUGUGUUCACACCAAACUUAAUCAGAAACAUACCUGGUAUGUGUUGCCUGUUUUACAGGCUAAAAGAUCCUGGUGGCCAUUUCUUCCCAUGAGCCUUACCCUUUUAGUCCCUCUCUGUGACAUUAUUUAAUUGCUUUUGAGACUAAUUUCCCUAGCCAACGAAGUUACUGAAUUCACAAUUGUUAUAAAAAUGAUUGGUCACUGCCCUCUUGACCACUAAGACCAUUUAGAUUUGACAUACAUUAUUUUUUAGCAUCGAUGUUGCCUGAUGAGAUAAUGGCAACUUUUCAAUAAAAAAUAGAAAAGAUUCUGUCCAAUAUGAGCUUAAACUUAUUCAUCAUUGGUGGCCAAAUGUGCUGCUAAUAUGCAAGGAGAAACGCACAUAGACAUAAAAAGCAUGAGAGAAAUACACUAAAUGAAAAUUCCUACUUCAAGGAAAAACAAUACAAAAUAAAUAACCAAGGUGUAUUAUCUAUAUUUAUGCACUAAACUACUGACAGUCCAUGUUAAUAAUAUUUCAUCCCAUAACUGGCAGCAAUAAAAAGACUGUAGUGUGGUGAGUCUGUACCAGACUUCGGCUCUCUGUCUAUUCCUGUUUACUGCAUAGGGUUACGUGUUUCUGAGAACAUAAAAUUAGUAUAUGACUGUGCCACACAUUGUUUUUUUAACCCCUCAGAAGUAUAGUAUAUUACUGUAUUACAUGUUACUAAUUAACCCCAAAGGUUUUUGCCUUUGCCCUAUUGCUACCAUACAGUAGGUAGCGAUAGGAUUUGUCCACUGAAACACAGAGGCCAACACACUUUGCAGCAGUAAUGGGUAUUUCUGGGGAAAUGUUAAUUACUUUAUUACAGGCAAUCGAAAGAGUAGCACAACUAAAGUAUAUUGCCCUGACUGGUGAAAUCCGUGCAGCAGUAGCCCAUCAAAUGCAUGGUGAUGAUUUCAUCAGUGUAUUAAACAAAACAA